CAGACGUCGCCGCGCUUUGCCCAACCGCAAUUGAAUCACUCCCACUCGACUUAUAUAUUUGUUGUCAUCAGUCCUCAUUCCGGCUUGCGAGUGUGCGCAUGCGCACGCGUCCGCUUAUAAUUAAAAUUGCCGCGUUAUCACAAAUGUAUCUUAGUGUGUGAUAAGAUCAUUACAUCACUGAAUGAUAAGAAACCUCAAGGACCUAUUCGUCUUACCUGCGAACGUAUCGUUAAAAUUCGAUAUGAGUUGGCAGUAGCUAAAUCGGUGUGUAACAAUAGACUUUAUAUUUAUUAUUGUGAACUGUGCGCCGCCGUUUGUUCUAUGUGGUGGAUAGUAACAUGGGGACGACGAAGAGACUAAAGAUAACAGUGGUCGGAGACGGUAUGGUCGGCAAGACUUGCCUGCUCUACGUGUACACCAGAAAUGAAUUCCCCGAGGAGUACGUGCCCACGGUGUUUGACAAUUACGUGGGUCACAUCACCGUGGAUAAUGUGGAAGUGGAGAUGGCGCUCUGGGACACAGCGGGGCAGGAGGACUAUGAGAGACUGAGGCCUUUAUCUUACAGUAAUACAGACUGUUUCCUCGUGUGCUAUUCGGUUGGAAGCAGGUCAUCGUAUGAAAAUGUAAUUCACAAGUGGUAUCCAGAACUGAAACAUUUCAGUGCCUCCGUGCCCAUAGUAUUAGUAGCAACCAAAAUAGACUUGAGGUCAUCUGGCAAAGCGGUUAUUACGACGCAAGAGGGGAAAAAGUUAAAGAGGAAAAUACGAGCUGCUCAGCUUGUCGAAUGCUCUGCACUAGAGCGAGUCAACAUGCACGAGGUCUUCGAGGAAGGUGUCCGCGCCGCCCUGACCAAAAAACCAGUCCACAAACGCACCUGCCAAUAUCUUUGAUUAUCACACUCAUACAUAAAGUCGUCGAUGCAUUAUAUUGCACUGUGGAAUUAAUAUAAUAAAUAAGGCACAAUGAUGAUAAAUCAAAUUGCAUAGAAUGCUUGGACUGAAAAAAAACCAAAUUUGUCAAUGCAAUCCGUAAAUUUUGUAAACUAUGUACGUAUUUCUAAUUGUUUCAAUUGUUUGCUAAAAGUAUUAUAAAGAUUGCACAAAUGUAAAUAUUGCUAGAUAUUGCUUUGUAUUAGUGGUUACAUCAUCACGAAUUAGAGAGCAGUAAUUAUUUCUU